AUGAGCAAUUACCCUCCGCCAGGGUUUGGAUCUGCUUACCCUCCACCGCCACCUCAAGCACAGGAAGGCUACCCUCCGCCGGGAUACCCUGGAGGCUACCCUCCGCCACCUCCGCCGUCUCACCAUCGUCCGCCGUACGAUUCUUACCAGGGCUAUUUCGAUAACGGAUAUCCACCGCCGCCUCCUCCUCCGCCUCAAUACAACUACCAGCAUGUUGAUCAUUGCCAUCAUCAUGGUGAUCCCGGUUGUUGUUCUUUCUUUAGAGGAUGCUUGGCGGCGCUUUGUUGCUGCUGUGUGCUAGAAGAGUGUUGUUGCUUUUUCUGA